AUGGCUGGUAUUGUAACUAUGUUGUCGUUGUUGGUGUUUUUGACGACAGGUAAUUGUGAGUAUUCGGAUCCAGUACCUCUAUAUGUCGGAACCAUGUUCCCAAAGUCUAAUCAUUGGUUCAGGAACUAUGGUAAUUUUUUAACGCUUCUAUUUGAAUACGCGUUUGAAGAGAUCAAUAAUAGAACAGAUAUAUUAGAUGGAUACAGCCUUAAAGUUAUUCCUAAAGAUUCGCAGGGGAUUCCCGGUCUAGCAGCUAAAAAAUUCAUGGAGUUAAUCGAUGAACCGCCAACUAAAAUUGCCAUGAUUGGCCCAGCUUUAUCCGAUGAACUAUUAGUAGUUGGACAGAUUCCACAAUACUACAAUUUGUUAGAGUUUUUACCAUUCUCACGGGAAGUUAAAACUAAUGAGGUUAUGAUACAAGCUAUAUCUGCGGGGAAGAAUAUCAAUUAUAACUUGGAAGUAACAGAAUCUUAUCAUCCACGGUAA